CAGGCACCGGCGCAAGAAGGUGCGCCGCCCCCAGAUUUGCUGGCAUUGCCAUCGAAGGUUACAACACGAAGAGGGAUGCUCCAAUGUUCUCUCUCCUGUUGCGGCUUCGCUGUAAGCCAACACUGUAGAGGGCCUUACAAGCCAGUGCCUGGCUAGAACUAGAAGGGCCGGCACGCGCCGUGGAACUGGAGCGCAGCCUCCACCUGUCGAGACGAGGCUUCUCCAAACUGCCACCGCAGCCGACCUCCUCUGUUCUCCUCCCUUCCCCCUUCUCUUAUAAUGUGCCUGUCCCCCGCCCGCUGCCUCUCGCCCUCCUCCGCGCUCCCGCGCCGCUUCCUCUACAGCCUCCUCGGCGCCCCUACCCCUACGAUUCCGUCACCGCCACAGCAUCUGCUGCGGCGCUGCAUCCCGUUCCACCGGAUGGCGCAAUUUUGGACUCAAGGAUCACUGGAUAAUAACAAAGCUCUGGUUGAGUACCUAAAGCAGUAUGGUGCUGUUAUGACUGAGAAAGUGGCUGAAGUAAUGGAAACACUUGAUAGAGCGUUAUUUGUACCAGAGGGUACCCCUUACAUUGACAGUCCUAUGCCUAUUGGUUACAAAGCAACAAUAUCUGCUCCUCACAUGCACGCAACCUGCUUAGAACUUUUGAAGGAUCAUUUGCAACCUGGCAUGCUUGCUCUGGAUGUUGGAUCAGGUAGUGGCUACAUGACAGCUUGUUUUGCAAUGAUGGUCGGGCCAGAAGGUCGUGCGGUGGGAAUUGAACACGUUCCUGAGAUUGUUGCUUCUUCUAUUGAAAAUGUCCAAAGGAGCGCUGCAGCUCCACUAUUGAAGGAUGGAUCGCUUUCUUUUCAUGUUGCAGAUGGCAGGCUUGGCUUUCCCGACUCUGCACCCUACGACGCUAUCCAUGUGGGCGCGGCAGCACCAGAGAUCCCUCAGCCUCUGUUCGAGCAGCUGAAGCCUGGCGGCCGGAUGGUCGUACCUGUGGGCACCUACUUACAGGACCUGCAGGUGGUGGACAAGAACGCCGACGGAUCGAUCAGCGUUCGGAAGGACGCGUCCGUCCGCUACGUCCCACUAACCAGCCGCUCUGCUCAGUUGCAAGACCCCUAAGGCCCCUUUUUUUUUGUUUGGAUUUCGACGUGUCUGUAUAUAUCUCCAUGAUCCUAUCUGCUCAUGUUUCUUUUCUGACUAGCUAGGUAGUUUUGCUUCGGUCAUGUAUAGGGAUGCAAGUGAGGUACCUAAUAAAUAAUUCCGAGUCACUAUUUAAUUUAUUUUUUCUUUAACUUAA